AUGGCGUGCAAAUUACCGGGGAGCCCCACCGUGUCCGGUAAGAGCAUCCUGAGGAGGAGUGGGGUCAUGUUCGUGUCCCUGCUCGCCUCCCUCUACCUGCUCCACAGCCUGACGCGCUCCGGCGGAUCCGCGCUGCGCUACACUGACGCGUCGGAGGCGCCGCUGCGGACGGAGCGCGCGCUCCACACAGGGGCCGGCGUCGGCUCGGUUGCUAGGCAGCGGCGCUUCCAAGGCGGACAUGACGCACCUGGACCGCAGGUUCUGGGCUCUCCGUCCCCCCCCGGGCCGCUCCGGGCUCUGGGCUCCGGGACCAAGCGGCUGCCGCAGGCCAUCAUCGUCGGGGUGAAGAAAGGCGGCACGCGCGCGCUGCUCGAGUUUCUCCGCGUGCACCCGGACGUGAGGGCGGCGGGAGCCGAGCCGCACUUUUUCGACCGUUUCUAUGGCAACGGGCUGCAGUGGUACAGAGACCUGAUGCCCAAGACCCUGGAGGGCCAGAUCACCAUGGAGAAGACACCCAGCUACUUUGUGACCCGUGAAGCUCCAGCUCGGAUCUGUUCCAUGUCACGUUCCACCAAACUCAUCGUGGUGGUGAGGGAUCCAGUCACCCGGGCAAUCUCGGAUUACACACAGACACUGUCCAAAAAGCCAGACAUUCCCUCUUUUGAGAGCCUGACUUUCAAAAACAGGACUAUGGGCCUUAUCGACACGUCAUGGAGCGCCAUCCAGAUCGGCAUCUACGCCAAGCACCUGGACAACUGGCUCCAGUUCUUUCCCAUGCACCAGAUCUUGUUCGUGAGCGGUGAACGGCUGAUCAGUGACCCAGCUGGAGAACUUGGCCAUGUGCAGGACUUCCUGGGCCUCAAGAGGAUCAUCACAGACAAACACUUCUAUUUCAACCAGACCAAGGGCUUUCCAUGCCUGAAGAAGGCUGAAGGAAGUAGCAAGCCUCAUUGCCUGGGCAAAACCAAAGGCCGAAUACACCCCAAUAUCAACCCUGAGGUGGUGCAGAGGUUACGAGACUUCUACAGACCCUUCAAUAUGAAGUUCUACCAGAUGACUGGAAGGAUAUUUGGCUGGGAUGAUUGA